UACACGGGCACGACCUCCCAACAAGUAAGGAAACAAAGAUAAGCAGUAGCAGUGAAGUGAUGGCUUCUCGGCCUGGAAUUCUCACAGACUGGCCAUGGAAACCUCUUGGAAGCUUUAAGCAUUUAAUAUUGGCUCCUUGGGUCAUUCACAGCACCUACUCCUUCAUGAUUCAAGAUGAAAAAGAUCUCUCAACCUUUCUCGCAUUCCCACUUCUGUUGUGGAGAAUGCUUCACAACCAGUUAUGGAUCAGUCUGUCCCGUUAUAGAACAGCCAAGGGAAAUAACAGGAUUGUUGACAAAGCCAUUGAAUUUGACCAAGUUGAUAGAGAAAGCAACUGGGAUGACCAAAUAUUGUUCAAUGGAAUUUUAUUCUACGUUGGUAUCAAAACAAUUCCAGGAGCUAGCCAUCUCCCCUUGUGGAGGUUGGAUGGUGUAAUUAUAACAGCUCUGAUUCAUAUGGGUCCGGUGGAAUUUCUGUAUUAUUGGCUUCAUCGACUUCUUCAUCACCACUAUCUCUACUCUCGCUAUCAUUCCCAUCACCAUUCCUCCAUUGUCACAGAGCCCAUUACGUCUGUGAUUCAUCCAUUCGCCGAGCACAUAUCCUACUUCAUGCUAUUUGCAAUACCAUUGAUAACGACUAUUAUGACGGGGACAGCCUCUGUAGCAUCCUUAGCUGGUUAUAUCACUUACAUUGACGUGAUGAACAAUAUGGGUCACUGCAACUUUGAACUCGUUCCCAAAUGGCUCUUCACCAUUUUCCCCCCUCUCAAGUACCUCAUGUACACCCCAUCGUUCCACUCUCUUCACCACACUCAAUUCAGAACCAAUUACUCACUUUUCAUGCCCAUCUAUGAUUACAUCUAUGGCACAAUGGACACGUCUUCUGAUACCCUCUAUGAAGAUUCGCUCAAGAGACCCGAGGAAGCCCCUGAUGUGGUGCACCUAACUCAUCUUACCACACCAGAUUCCAUCUACCACUCACGGCUAGGACUUGCCUACUUGGCUUCCAACCCUCAGAAAUCGAAAUGGUAUCUCUCGUUACUGUGGCCGGUGACACUGUGGACCAUGAUGUUAACUUGGAUUUAUGGACGCGCUUUUGUUGCUGAGAGGAAUCGCUUUCACAAACUCAGAUUACAGACGUGGAUAAUACCAAAAUACAACAUUCAAUACAACUUGCGACGGCACAGAGCAUCCAUAAACACCUUGAUUGAAGAAGCUGUACUAAAAGCUGAGGAAAAAGGUGUUAAAGUUUUAAGUCUCGGUCUCUUAAAUCAGGGAGAGGAGCUUAACAGGUAUGGUGAACUUUAUGUGCAAAGGUAUCCGAGGCUCAAAACGAAGGUGGUGGAUGGAAGCAGUCUAGCCGUUGCUGCUGUGCUGAACAGCAUCCCUGAAGGAACAACACAGGUGCUUCAUAUAGGCAAUCUCUCUAAGGUUGCCUACGCUGUUGUUUUAAAUCUCUGUAGGAGGGGAAUACAGGUGGCUGUUCCAUACGAGGAUGAUUACAAGAAGCUUAAAAAAUCCUUCGGCAUCAGAUCUGAUCAGAACAAUCUGAUUCUUUCCAAGAACUAUUCAAUAAAGACGUGGUUAGUUGGGGAUGGAUUGAAGGGAGAAAACCAAAAGAAGGCAACAGAAGGAACAUUAUUCAUUCCCUUCUCGCAAUUUCCCCCGCAGAAAUUGCGCGAGGACUGCUUCUAUCACAGCAUACCAGCAAUGGCAGCCCCUGCAUCUCUUGAAAAUGUGGACUCUUGUGAGAAUUGGUUGCCAAGGAGAGUGAUGAGUGCAUGGCGUGUGGCUGGAAUAGUGCAUGCCCUCGAAGGAUGGAAUGAGCAUGAAUGCGGUUACACCAUGUCUGACAUUGACAAAGUUUGGCAAGCAAGUAUCCAACAUGGUUUCAAACCUUUGGUCAUCACGACUCAAUCAACAUUCUAAUGGAUAUUUAGCUGCAAUUUGUUGCUAGCCGUGCCUUAACUAUAUGUGCUUGAAAGGAUUGAUAUAUUGUGUAUCACACCUCCAUGAUCUUAUUGCGCUGCUAUAUUUAUGUUGUCCACUGCUAUAUAUGUAUUAUCUGUACGCAUCAAUAUUAUGCUACUUCACUAUGCAAUUGACAAAUAAUAAGUAAUGGAUGAAUUAUGAUGGUUAAUUUUA